AUGUCUGACGCGAGGUGGAAGCGCUAUGGGGACAAGCUGCGGCACAUCGUGUUGGAGAAUCCGAUUCCAGAGUGGAACCCCAAACUAUUUCCGAAAUGGUCUUCAGAGCAGCGGGAUAAGUUGAGCAGGCCAGGGCAUCACCAAAGCACGGAUCCGUUCAUCUUGGAGGUGUGGAUCCGCGCCCAAUUCCAAAGGGGCUUGCAGGACUCCGCGGGCGCAUGGGAGUUGCACAAAGAGGACAUCCUCAUCGUCGCGGACUCUGACGAAAUCCCGCUUCGUGAGUCUCUUGUUGCCCUCGCUGAGUGUGAGAGCACCGCGUUCGCGGAAGUGAAGCGCAAGCUGGCUGGGGGCAUAAAACCACAAGACGCAUGCGUCAAGGACGCGAAGGUAUUGUUGCGUUCCCAAGUGUUUGAGUAUUACAUCGAUUGUCCCACCACCGUUCCUGCGUGGUGGCACCCAGACGCUAUCCUCGCGGUCUGUGUCAUGGAUGGCGGGAUCGACAUGCAGGAGGUCCGCACUGGCAGCUCUGGCAGUAUGACGCCUGUCGUGGCCUCCCGUCACAUCCAUAAUUUUACGAUGUCUAACGAUGAGGUCAUAUUCAAGUACACGCACUACGCGGAGCCUAGGGUGCCAGGUCGAGACGCUGGGCUGUCGGCCCCGACGAUUGACGAGAUGCGCUGGCGAGCCUGCGACCCGAAUGCAUUUGACAUUGGGCCUGGCGGCUGGUACAUGGACGUCAGGCCGUCCAAUGAAUUCGUCAACCCGGCCAACACGCGUGGGUACCACCUGCGCGCGGAGCAGCGGCGUGGGAUCGACAGGCCUCUCGCGCUGCUCGAGCAGAGGCCAGAGUUGGCCGCGAAGAUCUUCUGGAAGGGGCACGACGAGCACGUGAAUCCCUUCGUGGGGAAGCCGGGCGGGCAUCACGACUUCUCGCCAGGCUGGGAGAAGAAGCGUGGGAAGCCAGGGUGGUGA